AUGGAAUUCGUUGCCCCAAAGAUUAUUGAUGGAGAAAUGGAAAUCCAAAUUGAAGAGGAAGAUGUUGAAAAGGAAGUGAAAUUUUGGGAAUCUGCCCUUAUCAUGUCUGCCCUGGGUGUGGACAUCAGCAUGAAUGCGGUAAAACAAUUUAUGAGCAAGAGCUGGAAUUUUGUGAAACUCCCUGAUAUAUUCUAUAAUUAG